AUGAAGAGCGCAGUAACCCAACUGCUGAAGAGCUCAAUAGGCCAACCACUGUUUAAUGAGGAGCUCAGUAAGCCAACCACUGAGGAGCUUAUUAGUAAGCCAACCACUGAGGAGCUUAUUAGUAAGCCAACCACUGAGGAGCUUAUUAGUAAGCCAACCACUGAAGAGCUCAGUAAGCCAACCACUGAAGAGCUCAGUAAGCCAACCACUGAGGAGCUCAGUAAGCCAACCACUGAAGAGCUCACUAAGCCAAACACUGAGGAGCUCAGUAAGCCAACCACUGAAGAGCUCACUAAGCCAACCACUGAAGAGCUCAGUAAGCCAACCACUGAAGAGCUCACUAAGCCAACCACUGAGGAGCUCAGUAAGCCAACCACUGUAGAGCUCACUAAGCCAACCACUGAGGAGCUCAGUAAGCCAACCACUGAAGAGCUCAGUAAGCCAACCACUGAAGAGCUCAGUAAGCCAACCACUGAGGAGCUCAGUAAGCCAACCACUGAGGAGCUCAGUAAGCCAACCACUGAGGAGCUCAGUAAGCCAACCACUGAAGAGCUCAGUAAGCCAACCACUGAAGAGCUCAGUAAGCCAACCCCUGAAGAGCUUAUUAACCCAACCACUGAGGAGCGUAUUAGUAAGCCAACCACUGAGGAGCUUAUUAGUAAGCCAACCGCUGAGGAGCUCAGUAAUCCAACCGCUGAGGAGCUCAGUAAACCAACCACUGAAGAGCUCAGUAAGCCAACCACUGAGGAGCUCAGUAAGCCAACCACUGAAGAGCUCAGUAAGCCAACCACUGAAGAGCUCAGUAAGCCAACCCCUGAAGAGCUCAGUAACCCAACCGCUGAAGAGCUUAUUAACCCAACCACUGAGGAGCGUAUUAGUAAGCCAACCACUGAGGAGCUUAUUAGUAAGCCAACCGCUGAGGAGCUCAGUAAACCAACCACUGAAGCGCUCACUAAGCCAACCACUGAGGAGCUCAGUAAGCCAACCACUGAAGAGCUCACUAAGCCAAACACUGAGGAGCUCAGUAAGCCAACCACUGAAGAGCUCAGUAAGCCAACCACUGAAGAGCUCAGUAAGCCAACCACUGAGGAGCUCAGUAAGCCAACCACUGAAGAGCUCAGUAAGCCAACCACUGAAGAGCUCAGUAAGCCAACCACUGAAGAGCUCAGUAAGCCAACCACUGAAGAGCUCAGUAAGCCAGCCACUGAAGAGCUCAGUAACCCAACUGCUGAAGAGAUCAGUAACCCAACUGCUGAAGAGCUCAGUAAACCAACUGCUGAAGAGCUCAGUAAACCAACCGAUGAAGAGCGCAGUAAACCAACUGCUGAAGAGCUCAGUAAACCAACCGAUGAAGAGCGCAGUAAACCAACUGCUGAAGAGCUCAGUAAACUAACUGCUGAAGAGCUCAGUAACUCAACCGCUGAAGAGCUCAAGCUCGUGCUCAGUAAGCCAACCCCUAAAGAGCUCAGUAACCCAACCGCUGAAGAGCUUAUUAAGCCAACCACUGAGGAGCUCAGUAAGCCAACCACUGAGGAGCUCAGUAAGCCAACCAAUGAGGAGCUCAGUAAGCCAACCACUGAGGAGCUCAGUAAGCCAACCACUGAGGAGCACAGUAAGCCAACCAAUGAGGAGCUCAGUAAGCCAACCAAUGAGGAGCUCAGUAAGCCAACCGCUGAGGAGCUCAGUAAGCCAACCACAGAGGAGCUCAUUAAGCCAACCACUGAGGAGCUCAGUAAGCCAACCACUGAGGAGCUCAGUAAGCCAACCACUGAGGAGCUCAGUAAGCCAACCACUGAGGAGCUCAGUAAGCCAACCACAGAGGAGCUCAGUAAGCCAACCACUGAGGAGCUCAGUAAGCCAACCACAGAGGAGCUCAGUAAGCCAACCACAGAGGAGUUCAGUAAGCCAACCACUGAGGAGCUCAGUAAGCCAACCACAGAGGAGCUCAGUAAGCCAACCACAGAGGAGCUCAGUAAGCCAACCACUGAGGAGCUCAGUAAGCCAACCACUGAGGAGCUCAGUAAGCCAACCACAGAGGAGCUCAGUAAGCCAACCACUGAGGAGCUCAGUAAGCCAACCACUGAAGAACCUGGACUUGUACAACUACAGGGUGAAGAAACGAGCACCUUGGACACAGUCUGUUCGUACUUCUGCCAUCAGGCGGAGUCCAAAUUCCUUUAUUCUAGUAGUUCGGUAUUGUUUAGUAGUCCAAACUCCUUCUGUGAGCACACGUGCGGAAUAAAGCUGAUUCUGAUUCUGAUGAUGAUGGCGGCGGCUUCAGACUACAAUGGAUAUAAAGAGUUUUAA